AAGAUACAACGCACGAACGUGCAGUGCAGUGCAGCGAGGGGUAUGUAACUGUGUGUGAGGAGGAGGAUCGAGUGUGUAUUGUGUGAGGACAGCCAGCCAAAUGCAUGUUAGUCUGAAGAACGAAGUGUGAGCGAGCUGAAGGAGCGGCAGUGCAGCCUGAGGAGACAGAACAAUGUUUUCAACAACAGCGACCUAAAAAUGUGGAAUCUUGUCUUCAAGUGAAAUGCAUGGUUCAUGGACUUGAAAUAUAUAUUUGUCUAAAUUACAGUUCUGUGCUUGAUUGCUGGUAAAUCUGCUGAAUUCUUUUUGCAGUAAUGAAAAUAUACAAGUAGAUGGACUGACAAUCCAGAGAUAUUAUCAAAAGAUGGAUGCAGACAUCUAAUGAUAAACCAAAACUGCAAAGACAGCUCUAUGGUGAAUGUACUAUAAUCUAUUUAAUGUGAACAUAAAGAGUAAAAACAGGAAUAAAGAUACUGAAUAGUACUGUUCAUAGUUUAUCUUCAGAGAGCCAAUGGCCAAAUAAAAGCCUGUACAUCAGGUCAGAAGACAGUGAGUAACCCAGAGAUGAGUCUUGAGCCCAGUGAGGAUUUCCCUGUCAGGGGGAAAAGUGGAUCCACAAUGAGGCUUCCUCUCCAUAAUGCAGGAGACCACAAUGGGAAUGCUUUCCCAGUUUCCUCUUCCUCCUCCUCUUCAUCUUCCUCCUGUCUUGGGGAGUCUUCUCCUGAGUCCCUGCGGAGUCUGAGCAGCCUCAGUGGAGGCCGGACUGACAGCCCACUGGACUAUGACAUGCUUGAGGUCACCCUGUUGACAACGGUGAUCACCAAAACGGAUGAAAUGACUGAUGUCGUUAUUUCAAAAUGGGCUCCAGUGGAGGAAAGUAAACAGGAUGACAAUGAUGAUUUGUCAGUGGGAAAGAUAGCAACAGAGCUAACAGAAUCUAACGACAACUCUGUGUCUCUUUACCUGGAUGCCAGUAGUGGUGAAAACCACCAGGACACUUGGAAUGACAAUGACAACCUGACACUGGCCCUGUCCCUGACCACAAACAACAGUAGCCAUGGCAAUAAUGACCUCAGCAGUGGAAGUGGGAAUGCAAUAAGACACGGCACCUCAACACCAGCCUCAGAUGCAACCGAAAUCCCUGCUGAUGAUAGCGAUGACGAUGAAGAGGAGGCUUUGUUUCUGUCUGUGAGCUCUGAAGUGAGUGUGCUUAGGAGCAGCGUGAUCCUCAUGAGCUCAAUCAAACAGUCCAGUGACAUCCUCAUGAGCCCAGGUAACCCUGCUGUGCCUGCUGAGCUCCAGGCAGAGGGGACUGUGGCUCUGAGUGUAGCCGAUGAUAAGAAGACUGAGCUGGUGUUAGACAGCCAGACACAUGAGCCCCCUGCUCCUGAGGACCUGAGCGAAACCACCCAGAUCUCAUCUCCUCCUCCUACUAAUCCAGCCCAUGAUGCUACAAAAGUCAUAUCUCCUCCACUUGAGGAGCCUGAAAGAUGUGCAGUGGGUCCCAAACCUUCCAUUAGUCAGUCAGCCAGAGCCGCAAAAAGAAAAUCAGCCACUGCUGUGUCAGCUGUGUCCACAGCCAUCAAGACAUCCAGUCUGGAUCCAAAGAGAGUUUCCAGAGUGGACCUCAAAAAUGUUAAGUCUAAGGUUGGAUCAUGGUCCACCCUGUCUCCACCUGAAACACCUAGUCAGCAGAACAAAUGUGCUUCAGCUAGUGGAAAGAGAGCUGUACCCAGGAAGGAGGAAGGACGGACUGUUGAUGGGGGUGAAAAGCAAAGACCGCCUGCAGGUCCAGUCAAAGUGGCUGUUGUACUGAGAGCCAUUAGAGGAAAGAACAGCAACCUCAGAACCAACCACAAGACAGCAGCCAGUGACAGGUUUCAGGUGGAGAAGAAGAGUGUUACCAUGUGUCCAACACUCUCCACUUCCACCAGCUCUCUCGGAUCUGACGUGCUUGACGAAGGACCCUUGGUCUCUCCUAAGAAGGCUGUCCUGGAACUGCCUGACAAAAAUGAAACAAGUGCAUGUGUGGAGACUUCACAUCCAGGUGAAGAUGCUAAUGAAGAGUGUGUGGAGGACCAGAGGGAGAGUGCUGGAAAGUCUUCAGUGAUGGAGGCUUUGAUGAAGAAUCCAAGGAAUCCUAGCAGGAAAGUCUCAUCCAAGCUCGGACCUACUGCCAGGCAGCAGGGCAGAGGCAUCAGAGUGGAUAAGGGGCCCUCAGGACCGGCUCCUCCUCCAGGGUCAGGGACUGGACUUUUAGGGCAGGGGAGCCCCAGGCCCAGGCAAGCCCACAGCGAUAGCUCCACAUUGAGAGAGGAUGGACAGAGUGCUGUAGGAGGAUCUCCAACAAGAGUGAGGCAGAGCCAAACUCAGUGCCAGGGUAUCCCCAAACUACGCACCACAUCUGAGCGAGCCUCAGCUUCCCAGGGUCCUGCAAUCUUCAACUCCAAACCAGUAGCCAGUCAGCAGCCAGCAUCAGGGUUGGUCGGACAACCCACAUCCGCCGCAUCAAAACUUCCUGUUAAGGGGUUACCCACAAGCCUCAGUUCCACGUCCCUGGGAAGCAACGAGAACAAUGGAGCCAUGAACAAAGGAGCUCCAGCACCAGAAGGGAACAAGGCAGAUGAGCGACCCAUUCAAUGCACACUUCCUGCGGGCAGCCCAAGCUCAGCAAAGUCCUUCAUCUCCAACACUGUAACUCCUACAAGUCAUGCUGUCACCAGUACUAACAGUGGUGUCACUGCUGCUCCAAAGCAUCCUGCAAUGAGGAGCAGAGCUCUGUCACUGCAGGCCAGGACCACUGCUACAGGUCUGAAGACACCCACAGUCACCAACCAUAGCACAGCCAAGACAGCAGCAGCCAAUCAAACAGCAGCAAAGACAGCUAAUCAACUGGCCAAGCAGGUAUCCCAAUAUCCCUUGCAAAGAAGCAGUUCAGCAAGACUCAGUCAACUGAACAGCACAGUCUGGGUGCAGCAGCUCUGCAUGACUGCCUGGCAGACUUCAGUGGACAAAAACAAACCACGAGAGGUGCCGGCAAGACCUACGACCACUAACAGCGGCUCGCAAGGAGCAGCACCUGCAACAGGAAACCACCAGAACCAGCAGCAACUUCCACCUGACCCAGCACAAGACGUGGUGAAUGCUACUGCACCACUGACGCCAGUUCUCCCAGUGCCUGCCACUGUCACCACUACAUCUGGGUCAGGCACUGCUGGAGCCUCUGCUGUUGGGUUCAAAGCAAGAACAGGGCCACGAUCCAGUCCCAAAACCAGGUACCGCCUACAGAAUGCAUCCAAGCCCGGCCCAGCUGUGGCUGGUGUGGCAGAUAGGACAGUCCCCACUAAACAGAACCAGAGCAAUGAGCAGGCAGAGAAGAAGAACCAGGCCAUCAACCAGCUGAAGAAGCUGCUCGUCCAGGGGAAUAAGAAAGUGGAGGCUCUGGCCACAGUCAUCCAGCAUCUCUUCACUGAGCGCGAGGAGGCCUUAAAGCAAAGGAAGGAGUUGUCGCUGGAACUGGCCAACCUCCGAGACGAGCUGGUCACGUCGUCACAAUGCUGCAAAGAGCUGCAGAGGGAGAAGGAGGAGGUGCGUGUUGGCUUGGAGGAGGCCAUGAAGAGGCUGGAGGAGCAGCACAAGGAGGAGCUGGUGCAGCUGGAGGACAGAUUGAGGAGUUUUUACCAAACAGAAUGGGACAAAGUACACCAGACAUACCAGGAGGAGGCUGACAAAUGCCGCAUGUUGAUGGAACAGCAGGUCGAGGAGCUGAGGAGCCGACAGGAAGUGGAAAGGAAGAACCAAGAACUGAGUCACAGCCAGAAGAUGGGGUCUCUCAAACUACAGUAUGACACCUCAAUAGAAGAGCUGAAGAGGAUCCAGCAGACAGACCUCGAGAACCUGGAGAAAACUGUGAAGGAGACAGAAGCAUCUCUCUCUGAGAAAAUAUCUGAGCUGUCAGCAGAGAAGGAGGCUCUGAGUGAGAAGCUUAAAGCAGAGGAGGAGAGGAGGAUGCGCAUACUGACCGACAAGAAUCUGAAGGACUCCCACACGGUGUACCUGGAGCAGGAGCUGGAGAGUCUGAAGGUGGUGCUGGAGAUCAAGAACAACCAGCUGCACCAGAAGGAGAAGAAGCUCAUGGAGAUGGACAAACUGGUGGAGACUAAUGUGAAGCUGGAGGAGUGUCUGACAAAGGUCCAACAGGAAAAUGAAGACUACAAGGCCCGGAUGGACAAACAUGCUGCUCUCUCAAAGCAGCUGUCCAGUGAGCAGGCCAAACUCCAGCAGACGCUGCAGAAAGAGUCCAAGGUCAACAAGCGUCUGUCCAUGGAGAACGAGGAGCUGCUGUGGAAGCUUCACAAUGGAGACCUGCUGAGUGACGCUCAAUCACUGAUCUGCUUUGGAUCUCUGGAAGACGGCUGUGGUCCUGAUGUCCCUCUCUGGACAAACGGGAACAAACAAGUUUGUUCAUUUGAGGAACUGACCUGAAUUACUGACAUAGACCUCUGAUCCAAUGGAUGUCUGUUCCUCUGUGUAAGCUCCUCACAACCUCUACCUUAAUCUACUAUGUGGAAUGUAUUCACUCUUGGAUGUUAAAUCUGAGCAGGCCAGUUCACAUUCUCACACACACACACACACGCGCGCACACACACACAAACACACACCCCAUCUCAGAGCCAGAUAUGCAGUUUAUUUAACAAGGAUGCUGUUGACCAGGACAGUGUUUACCACUCUCCACUUGUUCCCUUAAAUCUCUCAUUCAUAAAGGGAUACAACUCUCCUACAUCCUCUCAUGAAUCAUGAGACAAAGCUGAACCAGUGAUGGAUCAGUUAUGUCUUUGCUUUAGGUCACAUCCAAAAUCAGCAGAAGGAUGUCCGUGAUAAUGUCCAUAGACCGUUCUCAACUGAAAGACUCUGCUGUGUUCUUUACCUAAUCCAAAACAAGUCUCACAUUGUGUGUCUGCUGUUUGUCCUGAAAAACCUCAGAUGUACCCAGAUUGCCUAUGUUUACCAUGUUCUGCUUUAUUUUGGACACAGAAUAAAUACAAUAUGACAGAAGA